GGUCCUUUGCUUGUGACUCCAUAACAGAGCAGGAGGGUUUGGGUCCGCGCCAGUCUGCUAACAGCACCGGGACACAGCAGGCUUCUUCUUCUUCUUCUUCUUCUUCUUCUCCUUCUUCUCCGUUUGUUCCGCCGGCUCACCUCCCACAUCCUGCCGCCAUGUUUAAGACCAGUAGUGACGACCUGUUCCUGCCUUCCUACCAGGACGAGGAGCUGGUGGACAACCUGCUGUCCUGCGAGGAGUCAGAUGGAGAAGGAGGUGAAGGUCUCUCCUUGGCUCGGGCCCUGCUCCCCCUGGUGGAGUCCUCCUCCCCUCCGCUCCUCCCCUGGGUCUGCUCCACCCGCUACAAGACGGAGCUGUGCAACAGCUACUCCGCUACCGGUUUCUGCAAGUACGCCGAGCGCUGCCAGUUCGCCCACGGCCUCCACGAGCUCCACGUCCCGUUCCGCCACCCCAAAUACAAGACGGAGCUGUGUCGCACCUUCCACACCACCGGCUACUGUUACUACGGCAGCCGCUGCCUGUUCGUCCACAACGCCAGCGAGCGGCGUCCCGCCAUGCGCCGCCGCAAGAACGUCCCCUGUCGCACCUUCCGCUCCUUCGGCGUCUGUCCGUUCGGCACCCGCUGCACCUUCCUGCACGUGGAGGACGGAGCCGCCGCCGCCGCCACUAGUCCGGAGUCGCCUGAUAAUGGCGAGGAGAAGAUGCCGCCAACGGUUUCCAGCCCCCAGCUCCAACCGCAGUCCAAGGAGUGGAAGCCACGUGGCGCCCUGUGCCGCACCUUCAGCUCCUUCGGUUUCUGCCUGUACGGCACGCGCUGCCGCUUCCAGCACGGCCUGCCCAGCAAGAUGAAAGCCUACGAGCAGAGCGCCCUGCUGUCCCCCGCCAGCUCAGGACUACCUUCCCUCUCCUCCUCCUCGCCCGUUUCCUCCACCUCCUCCUCUCCUCCUUCAGCCUCCCCUCUCAACACCCCGCCCGCGGAGGCUACCGCCCACAACGCCUUCACCUUCUCCAGUCAGCACCUGAGCGACCUGCUGCUGCCGCUCGCCAUCCACCUGCAGCAGCUGGAGAGCAGCAAGGCCCAGGAGAUCUGGGACAACAGGGCGCUCUAACAGGGCGCUCUAACAGGGCGCUCUAACAGGGCGCUCUAACAGGGCGCUCUAACAGGGCGCUCUAACAGGGCGCUCUAACAGGGCGCUCUAACAGGGCGCUCUAACAGGGCGCUCUAACAGGGCGCUCUAACAGGGCGCUCUAACAGGGCGCUCUAACAGGGCGCUCUAACAGGGCGCUCUAACAGGGCGCUCUAACAGGGCGCUCUAACAGGGCGCUCUAACGGAGUGUCCUCGGGAGAAACUAAUCAGCACUGAACAACGCCACGACUUAAAUAUAUAUUUGUUUUAUACAAUUUUUACCCUCUUUCCCCCAGGGCAUUUGUGUAUAUAAUUUUUAUAUUUUUUUAUUUUUAAUUUGAGCUUGUCAGCAGGUCAAGCAGGACUUGAACUGUUCAGUUGCAGAUCAAGCAGUCUGGUAAAGUUUUGGACCGUGGUUUCUGAAAUCACUACAGUUGCUGCAUUGAUUGUAAUAAUUUUUAAACUAUUGUAAAUACAUUAAUGAACUGAGUAAAUGAUAUGUCUAACUCUGAAUCAUGAUUAAACUAUUUUUAAUCUAA